GCCUGCUCCAUCAGCUUACUCCAUAGUUGUAGCUAAAGGUUUGUGAAAUCUGCUACUGGGGAGUAGAAAGAGAAGGGUUAACACCGGUCUUGUUGCAUAACACACUCCGACAUUGGUAUUUAUAUCAGACUGACGUAGCUGGGAAUCUGGUCUUUUCCUGGGGAUUUUGCCCAUCCAUAACGAAAGUCUUCAUCUCGUGAAACGAAAGCGUGUGAGGAACAGCACAAGGUGGGAUCAUAGGACGCUUGACACACGCAUAUACACAAACAUAUACAGUAUAUACGCAUGCACGCAUGCGCCCACAUAUACUUUCAUUUGUUUUCUGGGCUGUGUAUCAUCACUGUGAAACCUCGCUAAGGAGAAGACACCUCUCAGAAGAGGACUAGACCCGACCCGUUUUUUGACUCAAGAAGGAUGGGGCCAUUUCAGGAAUAUAAGGUGAAGAAGUCAUUUGGAAAGGACAGCACACGCAGUCGCAUCCCCCGUCUCAUGGUUCAGCCUUUCUGUGCUAAGGAUUCGCAGAUUUCCAAGUUUCCAUUGUCUGAGGAUGAAAGCAAUGAUGUCAGCAGAAAUCAGAACAGAACCAUCAGUCCUAACAGCUUCUCAUCAGUGUUGAAAUUUGUUCCUGUGGCUUCAGAUGACACCGGAUGUCCGAGCAGUCAGUGUCCAUCUCCAGCUAAAAUCAGAUCUGCAUCAGACAACAGCUCUCUGGGGUCACCCAUUCUAGUGAAAAGCAAGACCAAGGUCAAGAGGGUCAGAGUCAAUGUGGUGGCCGAGAGUAAUGAUAUUACACGGAAGCACAACAGGGAGCAGCACCAAUCCUCUAUUCGGCACAGAGGCAGUGAGGUUGACUUCAGCUCCUCCAGCAGUACUGGAAGCUUAAAGAACCGUGGAAUUAUGGCCAACAACUCCACAGGGAAAAAGGGUUGCCUUUCACACAGUCGUGUCCCGCACAUCCGAAGCCAGCCUGUGUUUAAGCCUCCAGGAAGCCCUACUGCACCACGUGAUUCAGACCUUUAUGCCCCUUACAGAACCCCACCCAAAAAAAACCCUUCAUCAUGCACCAGCAGAAGUUCUAGCCCUAUUGUCAGAAGAACCACUCCAGGGAGCUACCAUUCAUGCGGUGACAAUCAUGGCAUCAGGCCUCCUAAUCCAGAGCAAUACCUGACCCCUCUACAACAAAAAGAGGUGACAAUCCGUCACCUAAGAACCAAGCUCAGGGAUUUUGAGCAAACUGUUUCUGGACGGGAAUCUGAAAUUCAGGAUUUGAAGAACCAGCUGAGCCGGAUGCGUGAGGACUGGAUUGAGGAAGAGUGUCACCGUGUGGAAGCACAGCUGGCUCUCAAGGAGGCACGCAAGGAGAUAAAACAGCUACGGCAAGUAGUCGAGACCAUGAAAGACAGUCUAAUGGAAAAGGAUAAAGGCAUUCAGAAGUACUUCAUUGACAUUAACAUCCAGAAUAGGAAGCUGGAAUCCUUGCUGCAUAGCAUGGAACUGGCGCAAAGCGGUGCCACCCUGCAUGAUGAACCCACUCUGGACUUUAUAUGUGAUUCUCCAGAAAAGCUGUCUGAAAAGAAGCAGAUAAAAAAGCUGCAGGCUGAGGAUUAUGCGCAGGAAGAGAUGACUGACAGUGGGCUGCUUGUUAAUGAGGAAAUGGCCAACCAGAUGGACAUGCUUGAGCAGGUUCUCAUGUCUACAGCUGUAGAUUGCAGCCAAAAUGGUAGUGCCAAAUACAUGAACCCGCCAGGACUGUCCACUCUGACACAGAGUGCUGCUGAGGACUCUAUGAAGAGCUCAAAAGAUCAAAUCCACAGUCAAACCACUGCUGAUGAGCAACAUGUGUCUGGUGAGAAAGCAGUCCAAACAGAUGAGAGCUUCUAUAACCCUGAUUUUCAAGCUCUGUUUUUCCAUCUGCUUAAGCUUCAAAAUUCUGGCCUGUCUUCAAAUGUUCUCCAAAUGUUCUUCAAAACACAGGAAUCCCACCUACCCCAAGAAGAGAAACUGAUCAAAACCAAAUUAUCUCAAGCCCAAAAUCCCAACCUGAUUGAGGGGAUAAACCACAUUCCCUACAAUCGUUCACUUUCUGCAUUGCUAAUUCCACAGGACCCUGGUGGUUCUGAAACUGAAGUGGAUCCAGGGUUCAUAGAAGAGCUAGACUUUGGCAUGAAGGAUACCUGUGGCAGCAGUACAAGUACAGCUGUGGUGGGGAAAAACCAUUGGAGCAACACCUACUUCGUUGAUUUGGUUGCUGUAGCAGCACCUGUUCUUCCUACAGUGGCCUGGCUGUGCUCUCAGCACAAUGAAAUUGAUGGGGCACCAGUGUACAGCAUUGCAGCUUUAAUCCGUGGGUGUUGCAUUAUGGGAUUGCACUCUCUUCGCCUUGUCACGUAUGGGCCACAUGUGUAAUGGUCUAUCACCUUUAGGCACAGUUAACUAUAGCACUUAAUAGCUUUAAAUAAGUUUUGUUUUGUGUGUGUAUAUCUAUACUGCUACUUUUUUUUUUUCCCUCUGUCACUUUGCACUGUGAAUAAUUGUAUGACAAAUUAACUUGAAUUAAUUUAUUUGUUUCUUUUUUUUGUCACAAGUUGUAUUGCUUAUUGCCCUGAUGUGAUCACCUGGGUAGGUGGUCAUUCUAUUGUGCUGUACGUUGCCAGCUAGUCUGUUUCUUGUGUGUUGACUGUUGUCAAUAAUGUUCUUUGGAAGACAGGAGCAGCCUCAAAGCUUUGUUCAGUAUUUUGUUUUUGUGAAUUUUUGCCUUCAGUGGAGCAUGUGACCUUGCUGACUCUAAACAGUCAAUGCUACAGUACAUAUGACCCUUUUGUGCCUGAGCAAUGUGCAAUAUUUAUUUGUAUUAGACAUGUUAAAUAUAUAUUUAUUAUUAAAGCAUGAUUAGCCUA